AGUUUAGAUACUAAACUAAGUAGUUAGAAAAGACGUAAAUUGCAAGGUCUUGGUUAAAUGUUCACUAUCUAGGAUAGAAUGUCACAAUUUCAGGAUCAGUCCUGGUAUCUCGCAUUUAAAUGACGCGCCCAGGUUAGUUUCUAUAGAAACCGCUUUGUUGACUGGGAGGAGACACGCAGCUAUUGGUUAAGCAGCGUGGGAAUCCGGAUUGUUGUGUUACGGGGUGCGAUUAAAAGUUUUCCACAAUGCACAUUUACAGAUAACAAAGUCAUUUUUAUGAUAAUUGAAUUAAAAACGAAAACUGCCAGUUACGCACUCAUUAGUCGUCAGGCGUUGAUAGCGAGCGACUCCAUGCAUUACCACAUGUAUCGCAAACAAUGACUAUUUUUAACUCCAGUUAAUUUAGGUCCAGGAAACACACCAGUUACAUGUAGGCCACCGUUCGAAAACCUGCCUGGCCUCUAACUCUAUAGAAAACGCUCACAUAGAUAAAACACUCAGCGCAAUUAAGUGAUUGUUUAUAACAACAGUGUGCGGUUUUAAUCAAUUUUGGCUAAUUAAAAAUGUCCGACGAAAACCGAUGCCAAGUUUGCCAAAGUGCAGCUUCGCAGAAGUGCUCUGGAUGCCACACAGUCUUCUACUGUUCUCGAGAGCAUCAAAGGGCCGACUGGAAGAAACACAAGAAGAUGUGCAAACCGUAUAAGAUUUGCCACGACGAAGCCUUGGGACGUUUCCUCAUAGCAACGAAAGACAUCAGCGUAGGCGACAUUGUACUCCAAGAGCCUCCUCUGAUCCGGGGGCCCUCACAAGUGACAAUGCCAGUUUGCUUGGGCUGCGGCAAUGCGAUGGAUGAGAAAAACUUCAAACCUUGCGCCAAAUGCGGCUGGCCAGUGUGCAGCUCAACUUGCGAAAAGUCCCCAAAUCAUAUUCCCGAAUGCCAGUACACUUCAUCCAGAGGCUCCAAGAUUACAAUUUCGACGUUCGGAUCGAUUCAUCCAUCGUAUCAAUGCGUCACGGUGUUGAGGUGCUUGUAUCAGAAGCAGUUUCUAUCCGAGACGUGGAAGAAGAUUGAUUUGCUCCAGUCGCACUGUGCAGAGAGGAAAUUGACGUCCAAGUACGAGAAGGAUCGUGUGUCGAUAGCGCAGUUUAUUUUGAACUUUUUCAAAUUGAGGCAAGUUUUCACGGAGGAGGAGAUAUUGAGGGUGUGCGGCAUACUGAUGGUAAACGGACAUGAGGUACCUUUAACGAACCCGCCACAUGUGGCCAUAUACGAGGUCGCCUCCAUGUUGGAACAUAAAUGCAAUGCAAACUGCAAUCGGACUUUCACCAGUCAGGGAGCAGUUCUGGUCAAAGCUGGAACAGCGAUCAAAAAAGGUGACCAUUUGAGCAUUUGCUACACCGACCCGCUAUGGGGCACGUUGAACCGAAGACAUCACUUGUAUGAAUCCAAGUUCUUCUGGUGUUUGUGCGAACGAUGUGCGGAUCCUACGGAGUUUGGCACCUAUUUCAGUGCGAUUCGAUGCCAAAAACCGAACUGUUCUGGUUACAUCCUGCCCUCCUCGUUUCUCGACCAAUCCGCCAACGGAAAACUGCCCAAUUGGACGUGCAACAAAUGCGAAUCCUCCUGCAAUUCGUACCACGCCCAGGAGAUUCUGGACCGGAUCGGGCAGGAUCUUCACGAGAUGGAAAAGGGGACCACAAAGGCGGCAAAGGACUUUAUUAAAACCUACGAAAAGUAUCUGCACAGCAACCACUACUAUUUGGUUGAUGUGAAAUUGGCUCUGAGUCAAUUGAUGGGUCACGAGGAUGCGUUUGGCCUGCCGGCCGUUGGAGAUGACGAUCUACAGUACAAGGCGCGCUUGUGUCAAGCGAUCGCUAAUUUGGUUAAAACUUUAGCACCUGGUGAAUCGCGACUUCGAGGUCUCCUACUAUUUGAACUACAUGCUACUGUAGCCGAGCUAGGGAGACGGAAUGCUGACCCUCAACAGCUUCCUGCAGUGCUGCAAGAAUCGAAGAAACUGUUGCAGGAAUCCUGCGACCUGCUGAGGCACGAGCCCGAUUGUCUGCCUGAAGGCAAGCUCUACAUUCAAGCGCAGAAGAACUUGAAGGAAAUCGACGUGGUCCUCAUGGCCUUGCAUCGCAGCAUCGGAGACGCUCCUCUAUAGGAGAAAUAAGAAAUAAUAUAAUAAUAAUAAAAAAUUAACUUUUUUCGAUAACCAUUUUGCAGUUUAAAAUUUAAUGUGAAUAAAAGCUCGAUUUCAUGUGACUAAGACGUAAGACACCCACUCAGCAUACAGGGUGUGUGCAUACUAAAUGUGACUCACAAAAUUGAUGGUGUCCGUCAAUUGCGCUUGCUUACUUAAAAAUUCGGUUCGCCCAAACUAACGCACACAGAAAGUUGAGUCUGUUACCAACUUUAGUGGACAUUUGAUCCGAUAGACGUGGAAAGUUUCAAAAAAAUCCAUUUGAAAACUGAUUUUUGCCGGCUUUGUUAAUGUGACUCACAAAAUUGAGAGUGUCCGUCAAUUGCGCUCGCUUACUUAAAAAUUCGAGUCUCCCAAACUGACGCACACAGAAAGUUGAGUCUGUUUCCAACUUUAGUGGACAUUUCAUCCGAUUGUUGUGGAAAGUUUCAGCAAGAUCCAACCGGAACCUGAUUUUUGCCGGCUUUCUAAAUGUGACUCACAAAAUUGAUAAUGUCCGUCAAUUGCGCUCGCAGACUUAAAAAUUCGCGUCUCCCAAACUAAAGCACACAGAAAGUUAAGUCUGUUACCAACUUUAGUGGACAUUUCGUCCGAUUGUUGUGGAAAGUUUCAGCAAAAUCCAUCCGAAACCUGAUUUUUGCCGGCUUUCUAAAUGUGACUCACAAAAUUGAUGGUGUACGUCAAUUGCGCUCGCUUACUUAAAAAUCCGCGUCUCCCAAACUAAAGCACACAGAAAGUUGAGUCUGUUACCAACUUUAGUGGACAUUUCAUCCGAUUGUUGUGGAAGGUUUCAGCAAGAUCCAUCCGGAACUUGAUUUUUGCCGGCUUUCUAAAUGUGAUUUACAAAAUUGAUAGUGUCCGUCAAUUGCGCUCGCUUACUUAAAAAUUCGGUUCUCCCUAACUCAAGCACGCAGGAAGUUGAGUCUGUUACCAACUUUAGUGGACAUUUCAUCCGAUUGUUGUGGAAAGUUUCAGCAAAAUCCAUCCGAAACUUGAUUUUUGCCGGCUUUCCAAAUGUGACUCACAAAAUUGAUGGUGUCCGCCAAUUGCGCUCUCUUACUUAAAAAUUUGCGACUCCCAAACUAAAGCACGCAGAAAGUUGAGUCUGUCACCAACUUUAGUGAACAUUUCAUCCGAUUGAUGUGGAGAGUUUCAGAAAAAUCCAUCCGGAACCUGAUUUUUGCCAGCUUUCUAAAUGUGGCUCACAAAAUUGAUGGUGUCCGCCAAUUGCGCUCGCUUACUUAAAAAUUCGCGUCUCCCAAACUAAAGCACGCAGAAAGUUGAAUCUGUUAUCACCUUUAGUAGAUAUUUGAUCCGAUUGAUGUGGAAAGUUUCAGAAAAAUCCAUCCGGAACCUGAUUUUUUCCGGCUUUCUAAAUGUGACUCACAAAAUUGAUGGAGUCCGCCAAUUGCGCUCGCUUAUUUGAAAAUUCGCGCCUCCCAAACUAAAGCACGCAGAAAGUUGAAUCUGUUAUCAACUUUAGUGGAUAUUUGAUCCGAUUGAUGUGGAAAGUUUCAGAAACAUCCAUCCGGAACCUGAUUUUUGCCAGCUUUCCAAAUGUGACAAAAUUGAUGGUGUCCGUCAAUUGCGCUCGCUUACUUAAAAAUUCGCGUCUCCCAAACUAAAGCACACAGAAAGUUGAGUGGAUAAACCAACUUUAGUGGACAUUUGAUCCGAUAGACGUGGAAAGUUUCAGAAAAAUCCACCCGGAACCUGAUUUUUGCCGGCUUUCUAAAUGUGACUUACAAAAUUGAUGGUGUCCGUCAAUUGUGCUCGCUUACUUAAAAAUUCGGUUCUCCCUAACUCAAGCACGCAGGAAGUUGAGUCUGUUAUCAACUUUAGUGGACAUUUCAUCUGAUCGAUGGGAAAAAUUUCAGAAAAAUCCAUCCGAAACUUGAUUUUUGCCGGCUUUCUAAAUGUGACUCACAAAAUUGAUGGAGUCCGCCAAUUGCGCUCGCUUACUUAAGAAUUCGCGUCUCCCAAACUAAAGCGCGCAGAAAGUUGAGUCUGUUACCAACUUUAGUGGACAUUUGAUGCGAUAGACGUGGAAAGUUUCAGGAAAAUCCAUCGGGAACCUGAUUUUUGCCGGCUUCGUUAAUGUGACUCACAAAAUCGAUAGCCAGUCAAUUGCGUCGCCUCACUUAAACAUUCGCAUCUCCCACACUAGUCAUACAGGCAUUUGGAUAAGCCAUUGCAUUGCCAGAAUAAGUAGGUUCGAGACAACUUCUGGUAUAACCGGAGUCCCAUAAUGUCGCUGUUAUUUCAUCUGAAAGGAGCGUCUCCGAAAAUCCCAUUAUCCAAAUUUGCGGCCUUCAAAUAGCAUUAGGUCCCGAAAUAUUCUAAUGAACGCUGACCGUGAGCCACCCUGUAUAUUUACCUUUAAAAUAGGACACUUUUGUUACCAGGGAAUUAUUUUUUAAAAUAAAGUACUUUGGAGACUGA